GCUUGAAAUAGAUAUGAGAUCAUCUUAGCACUGGUUUUCGGGCUCUUCCCAUCCAGCCCCGUCCUGCCGGCACCACACCUGGCCUCGGAGAGAACACGGGAUCGCAUCCCACUGUGAGGAGUGCCUGCAAAAACGAAUGUGAGCAGCUUUUGGGUGCUCAGGCCCAGCCAUGGCAGAACUGUGCCGCAGGGACUCCUCGCUGACCGCCCUGGACGAGGAGAUGCUGUGGGAGCUGAUGGAGGACCACCGCUGCAGGAUCGUGCGCAGCAUCUGCCCCAGCCGCCUCACCCCCUACCUGCGCCAGGCAAAGGUGCUGGACCAGCUGGACGAGGAGGAGGUGCUGCACAGCCCCAGGUUCACAAACACGGCCAUGAGAGUUGGGCACUUGCUGGAUUUGCUGAAGACUCGAGGGAAGAACGGGGCCAUCGCCUUCCUGGAGAGCCUGAAAUUCCACAACCCUGACGUCUACACCCUGGUCACUGGGCUACAGCCCAGUGUGGACUUCACAAACUUCAGUGGGCUCAUGGAGACGUCCAAGCUGACCGAGUGCCUGGCCGGGGCCAUCGGCAGCCUGCAGGAGGAGCUGAGCCAGGAGAAGGGGCAGAAGGAGGCACUGCUGCGGCAGUGCCAGCAGCUGCAGGAGCACCUGGGCCAGGCCGAGGCCCGUGCCGAGGGCUUGCGCCAGCUGGAGGCUGACCACGGCCGCAUGAAGCGCGAGGUCAGUGCCCACUUCCACGAGGUGCUGAAACUGAAGGAUGAGAUGCUGAGUCUCUCGCUGCACUACAGCAACGCGCUACAGGAGAAGGAUCUGGCCGCCACGCGCUGCCGCGGCCUGCAAGAGGAGCUGUAUCUGAUGAAGCAAGAGCUGCAGCGAGAGAAGAUGUCUUCUUCCUGUGAGCGGGAAUUUCAAGAGCGGUCCCUGAAGAUGACGAAUGACCUGGAGCCUGGAGACGAGGAGCUGAGCCGCCUGAAGGAGGAGAAUGAGAGGCUCCGCUCCCUGACCUUCAGCCUGGCGGAGAAGGACAUUCUGGAGCAGAACCUGGACGAGGCCCUGGAGAGCAGGCAGGAGCUGGUGAACCGCAUCCACUCUCUGAGGGAGCAGGCCAUGGCCGCUGAGAGACAGCGAAAGCAGUACUGGGAAGAGAAGGAGCAGACCCUGCUCCAGUUCCAGAAAACCAAGGUGGACUGUGAAAUCUACAAGGAGAAGAUGAACGUCCUGCAGAGCCAAGUGGUCGAGCUGCAGAAGGAGCGGGACCAGGCCUACUUGGCGAGGGAUGGAUCCCAGCUGGAGAUGUCUCAGAACCUGGCAGAGAAGGACGCACUCCGCAGGAAGGUGUUUGAGCUGACAGACCAGGUCUGCGAACUGCGCCAGCAGGUCCAGCGGCUACAAGCGCAGGCCGAGUCGCUGCCAGGGCCCAAGCAGGAGACGGGAGCCAGGGAGCCCUAUCCGAAGAGGAAGCAGCAGCUGGUGCGCAUGUUUGCCCUCUGCCCGUGGGACGACAGCGACGGCAGCUCCUCUGAGUCUCAGCUCUGGUCCGACCUGAGCGCCAGGUCCAGCCGAGAGCUGGUGGAUAGCUUCCACUCCAGCAGCCCUGUGCCUCCCAGCCAGCAGUCCCUGUACAAGCGGGCCGCAGAGGACUUCUGGGAAGACCCCUCGUCUUUCAGUGGCUGCCCCAAAACCCUGGAGGUGGACCAGGGAGGCUCCCUGGGUGCUAAGAAGGGUGAUGCAGAUUUGGAUUAUGAGAUUGUAGACAGGGCAGACCUCCCUGAGUCCGAGAACAGCCUGCAGCUGUCUUCCGGGGGCCUCCACCUCUCCGCCAGCAGUGUCCCGGUGAGGCGGAGGCCAGCCCGCAAGAUCCUGGGCCAGGUCACGGUGCUGGCCUUCCAGGGGGACGCGCUGCUGGAGCAGAUAAGCGUCAUUGGCGGGAACCUCACGGGCAUCUACAUUCAUCGGGUCACCCCGGGCUCCGCGGCAGACGAGAUGGCGUUGUGCCCCGGCACCCAGAUUAUGAUGGUGGAUUAUGAGGCAACAGACCCCUUGUCCAAGGCUGUCCUGGAGGGCAUGACCCUGGAUCGGGCCGUCAGACUUCUCCAGAGGGUGAACGGCUUCUGCUGUCUGUCUGUGAAGGUCAACAUGGAGGGUUAUAAGAAGCUGGUCGAGGACCUAAAGGCCAAAGUGGCCACGUCGGGGGACUCCUUCUACAUCCGGGUCAACCUUGCCCUGGAGAGGCGGGCAGAGGGAGAGCUGCAGGUGCACUGCAACGACAUCCUGCACGUCACAGACACCCUGUUCCAGGGUGGCAGCUGCUGGCACGCCCACCGUGUUGGCCCCUACAGCACCAAGGGCACCGAACAGGGCACCAUCCCCAACUAUGCACAGGCUCAGCAGCUGCUCAUCGCCCUCAUCCAGGACAUGGCUCAUCGGAGCACCAUGGCCCGCAAGCAGCCUUCUGCGGGAGCCCAGAAGCUGGUCCGCAUCGUCAGUAUGGACAGAACCAAGGCCAGCCCUCUGUGGUCAUCCUUUGACGGGGGCCAGUUGGACCCAAGCCAGGUAGAAGACCCCUCCACCGUGUGCUUCUGGGCCGAGAGCUACUUCACCCUGGUGCCCUACACCCUGGUGCACAGCCACAGGCCCAGCCGGCCCCGGCCCGUGCUCUUCGUGCCCAGGGUGGUCGGGAAGAUCCUGAUGGAGAAGCUGUGCCUCCUCCAAGGGUAUAAGAAAUGCCCAGCAGCAUACUUGAGCCAGAAGGAGUACGAUGCCUCCAGCCAGAGAGGGGACAUCAUCCAGGAGAGGGAGGCGUCUGGUGGUCGCUACUGUGUCACCUGCAGAGCAGUCGAGUCCCUCAUGGGAAAGAACACCCACGCCCUCCUGGACGUCCAGCUGGACAGUGUCCGCGUCCUGCACAAGAUGGAGAUCUUCCCCAUCAUUAUCCACAUCUCCAUCAAUGAGAAGGUGGCAAAGAAAUUCAAGAAGGCUCUGCAGCAGCUCGGCACCACAGAGGACCAGCUCCUGGAGGCUGCCAGGCAAGAGGAGGGUGAGCUGGAUAAAGUGCCCUGUCUGUACAGCAGCCUGGCCCCUGACAGCUGGAGCGACCUGCAUGCCCUGCUCGGCUGUGUCCGCCUGGCCAUUGCAGAUGAGCAGAAGAAGGUUGUGUGGACCGAGUAG